GUUGGUCCAAGACUUUUUAGUGCGAGCUUACAAAACAAAAUGUUUGGGAGGACCACCUAACAAAGACCUCGUCGUGUCAACGGUUUCUCUGGUUGGGUGCUUCCUGGUAACGCUGUGUCAGUAACGGUAUUACUUAUAGCGACCGUGAUUAUACGCGACAAGCUUUUGUGGACCAGUCUUAAAAUUUCCGUUCUCGGAAAAGAAACCUCGGCUGGAAAGACGUCCACGGUGUGACUCUGGACCAAAUAUAUAGCUUCAUUCUCAGUGACCAGUGGGGUCCUGUCACUUCUCGACGUGGUUCAAAGUCAAUGUGUGCUCCAAGAUCAGUGAGUGAUCAAACAACAGCAAUAUACCGUACGGUGGUGAACUUCAAUUUGUGGCGUGAUCGUCGUGUCGAUAUAUCACCGCGUUUUCUAUCACAGUUGUGCGUGUAGUUUGAAAGUUCGAUAACGCCUUUUUAAUUGGUACGCGCUUUGUCGGGUCAUGUGUGACGUUAAGGCAGACUCUUCAUCAUCGACAAUCAUCUCGUAAGGAAGAUCUGUAGUUUGUGCAAUAGACACUGACGUGGGCGAUACAAGACACGGGGAGGUACAUGUCCUUAUUGCACGCACGUAAUUUCUAGUGGAGAAAAACAGGCACAACUUGAAGACCUGCGAAGAUGAUUUACUCAAUGCCUAGAGAGCCACGAGGUAAUAAGGUGAAGAUGCAGAGCCAAGGAUUCCCGGACUCUCACACCACGACAGUGACAUCGACCACUACGAAGACCGCUGGGUUUCAGUUUGAUCCCUCUUAUUUGCGCACCGUGCCUGGCCUUCUGAAGGUUGCGCAACUGGUGAUCAGCUUGAUAGGGUUCAUCUGCUCGCAGAUUGCAGCCUUCUCUCUUAGCACCAUCAACUGGUAUGGUUUUGUGUCCAUGACAGCCUUUUGGGUGACCCUGGUGCUGCUCCUUUUCUAUCUCUUUCAUCUGAUUGAGCGCAUCAAGUUCAUCCCCUGGCUGCUUGCGGAGCUUAUCUACUGUGGCGUGUGGGCACUGUUGUACUUUACGGCUGCUGUAGCUGCUGCAGUGAAAGGAAAAUGGGAAGAGGCCCUGGCUGCCGCAGCCUUCUUUGGGUUUGUCGCCAUGGCACUGUACGGAGCCGAUGCUUUCUUCAAGUACAAAGGCUGGAAGGCAGGCGACGUGGCCCAGGGUGAGCGGACGGCACCCGGUGGCGUUGGUGCGCCUGUGUCCGGUGGGGUGUCUCCCACAAGCCCCGGAUACCCUGCCUACUAACCUCCUAACCCACUCUGCAUGCAUGGUUGUAUAAAAUCCAGUUGCAAAUGCCGCACCGCCCCAUGGAAACACAACUUGUCUUUGAGAGAAGGAAUACGGGGAAAAAAGGAGCAUCAGGAUAUGCGGACGCUGUGUCCAGUCCGCCGGACCACGUGACCCAACUGCCAAUUUUCCCGGUCCCAAGUCCACCGUUAGCUACGUAAGCUUCUCACGUUAGCACACUGUCAGUGGAGCGUAACAGUAAUGUAGGAUGUGCCAUAAGUAUGCGUGACUAGAAGCUCACAUUCACAUGUGUAACUGCGUGCUUGUGUGAGACGUUAUCCCUCUUCCAAUGGUUUAAAGCAUUUUCAAAGCAGACAGUGGCUUCUCUUAAAUGCCUCCAAGCAUUGCAGUGUUGGAUGUGCAUUUCACGAGUACUGCGAAGUCCAAGCAUUCCCUUUCCAGUGUAACGUGAGCAUUUGUUGUUGUCAUCCAAGAGGACACCCGUAGUCAAUGAAAGGUAGGCGUAUGUCACACCUUUUGUUCCAUUUUUGUGACGUUUGGGGAGGACACAAAAUAGUGAUCAGUGAGCAUCAGUAAUGUCGUAGACAAUAAAACCUCUAAGCAUCUAGUGAAUGGAUAAACCUUAAGUUCAGUGAACCUUGCUUUUUAGCAUAGAGAUCAAACUGUCGCACUGUGUAUUUUAUCCGAGUUCUGUGAAAUUGUGUCGUGCGUAGAAAGCGCUCGCUUUCAAGCACGUCCCUAUUUUCGGUGUUGGCGCAUGGGGUAGAAUUGACGGUUAAAGGAAAGUGGUCUGAAGCACAACCAAAACGGUGACUGUGUGACGAUUAAUGCUGCUUUAAGUACAAAGUCACCUCUGCUGUACCAACACCACCUAGAUAUAGAAAGCCUGCGCGCUCGUCGACGUGACAUAACAAUUAAGAGUCAGCAAAUCAGGACAGUGUUUUCAACGGCGGCAGCCAAUCACAAACAUGCUUUCAGCGGUCAUGGCCAUGAAGACUGAAAGUGGUGAUUGAACGUCCCCGCAUACUAAAUGGGAAAACUUGGAAAUAAAGCGCAAAAAGGUCUCAGUGUUUCUCAAAACUGGUUUUCUGGAAAGCGUCUUGCACUUGUUGUCUAAAUAUUUAGGUCUGCAGGUUCCAGGUGAAUUGCAGUCAUUUGCGGGUUCUUGAAAUCGCAGAACGGUGAAUCGCAGUAGCAGACGAAUUCUGACUCUUAAUGUCCACGUAGCGAAGGAAGGAGAGGAGGCAAUGAGCAGGCUUUCUGUACUUAGGUGGUGUUGGCUGUACUGUUGUACAGUCCUAUUCACAUCGCAACAGUGGUGGCAAACACUCGAUCAUGUGGUGCAGUUGCACUUCUUGGUAUGGCCACAGGCAAAAGUACCAACCUCACGCACAACAUAAACUUUCACUUCAGUGGUUACUAGCGUCUAAACUACAUUGGCUGUGACAAUUACAUGGCGUUGCUGUUAAUUAUCAGUUGCAGGAGUAAUAGCAACAAUAUGAAAAACAAACAACCGUGGAAGGAAAUUACACGAGUAAGGGCCGCGACUCCAGAGCUGUUUAACGUGCAGUGCAUUCCAUAGCUUAUUUGAUAUAGCCAUUAUUUACUGCUUCUACUGCUGCUACCUCAUCCGUUUCAAGUGAAGUUUAUGAAGGUGGGGUCGUCUGGCAGAGGCAUGCAGGUAUCUCUCAUUGACCUUGGUGUGCCAAAAAACAAUUUAAAAAUGGUAGCAGGUUAACAUUUUUAGUUUUUAGUAAUUCUUUGGUAGCUGAACGAAUUUUUUUUUCCAAGUCAUGCUUCAGUAGUUAGAGGCACAGUAGAAUUGCUUGGAAUAUCAUGUUUUGCUCUGUGUUUUUAUAAUAACCAUUUUACUGAAAACACGAUAGAUCACUGACAAAUUUCUUUGGUAUGGUGAAGAAGGAGUAGAAUGGAACACCGAUUUCAUCAGCACUCUGUACCUCAAAAACUAUAUGCUGAGCAACUAUGUUUUGAUGAUUGAGAGUUAGAACAGGUUUCUAUUUAUUCAUAUACAAAAUAUAUUUUGUUCGAAAUGGCAUUAGAUUUAACCGUUCAUCACAUGUAGCAUUCUUCCAUGUUGACACGUUCGCAUUGUAUUUGUGGUGUACAUGUGUGUGCCCUUUAAUGGCAGAAUGUCCAGUGUGCUGUAUCUUUAUAAUGCUAUCAUCAUCGUGUCAUGUGCUGUGUUUUUGGACUGUUAUAAUUUGACAUUUUUGCACCCCUUUUUACAUACCAUAUGAAUUGAAUGUUACUUUUCUUCACUCCGGCUUGUGGUGUAUGCAUGAAGUUAUUUCUUCUUGAAGCAGCGAGUGUAUUACUAAAAAAUAAGAGAUUGUGGACAUGAAAACAUAACAUCGAAAACAUGUGUUAAACGUAUACUUGUAAGAUAGAAUUGGUGCCUCGCAUAAUUAUGCGGCAAGUUAAAGUUGUUCCAUGUUACAAGCCAAGCAGUGUAAACAACCUUGGAAAUUAGAACGGUGACUUAUUUGUAAUUUGGCUCAAAAUUAAAAUUAUAGGCUAGUAAAAAUAAAAAUAGUCUCAAUCCAGCCACCAAGGAACAACCAAAUGUGGCCGCGAUAUUUGAAGCAGAGGUAAGCACGUUCUGUUUGGCUUUUUUCGUUUUUCUCGUUACAGUUUCAUGCUGGGUUCUUUCCUUUUCGACUUUACUCGUUCUAUGAAGAGUGCACUUCCUCUCAAAUUUCACAAGCUGCUCUCUUUCGUAGCUUGUGUAAAAAUAAUUUGCAUUAAGUCUACAUUUUCAGUGACAUGCCAUGGAACAGAUUGUGGUGGAUACACCAAGUUCCAUUACGGCUGUACAAUUUGUUUCAAGUAGUGGCACAAACAUCAACAGUGGUUGGCAGAGUCUUUGGCUGAUAGCUGUUGGAAGCUUACAAUAAUUCUUGUUUUAAGCUUGUGCUUCCCCUGUUGACUAAACAGAGGUGGCUGCUUGGUGCAAAAUGGUACACGAGAAGUGGGUUUGUACGCUCUAAGAUAUGGAACGUGUAUGACCAUGUUCUGCACAUUCAUGCGGGUGUGUGUAGGGGUUCUUGGGAAGUAGGUGAUGUACGACGACGUUCUGCUUGACCUCUCCCAGCUACCUUUAUGCACCCUGUAUGCACUAAAGUCUAUGCGUGCAAAUAUGCGCCUAAUGAUGUGUAUGUGUCUACGUGACUAUACCAGCACGUUGGUUGCAUAAUUUUUCUACUGAGCAACAUCAAAUCCUUUUGCAUGUUGGAAAUUGUCAUACACCCUGUCAUAUUUGAGCUCCAAAAAUUAAUUUCAUAUUAAUGCGAUUUAUUUCGUAAUUUUGCAGUCGCAAUAAAGCACUGUAUGCAAUACACAUUGUCAUAAUGUUUGUAUGUUUAAACGCUACUCUGCCUCCACUGUCCUUAGUAAUCCAACAUUGUGUAGUUCCAGCUUCUUGUUAGCGGUGUUUUCGUGCGUGUCUCAUAAGGAAUGCACUUGUUCACAUUGUCUGUCUGUGGAUUUAUAAUGAGUCAUGUUUGUACACGAUACUGUUUGCAGUGAAUAGUGCUACAUAGUUGUCUGUUGCCGAAGCAAGGCUACAUGCUGUGUUGAUAGCUACGUGAAGUGCUCCAACUAGUGUGAUUCGUGUUCUUCCUGUGCAACUUGAAGGAUGCUGUUUAGCUGAGCUUUCAUGUAUGAAGAAUAUCUUCGUGUCAUGGAAAUGCAACUGUUAGCUUGACUCCAGAAUGUGUUCUUUGUUUGGCAAGUCAAUGUUGUUUUGAGCAUCCAGUUUACUAAAUGUGGUUCAAACUCCAA